AUGAACAACCAGGGACAACAAGGGCAGCAGCCGGGCCAGCAGAAUGCAUCUGCGCCUGGUCAGCAGCUUGCGAACAACCAGAUGCCGCCAGGAGGUCCCCAAACGGCAGCGCAGGCUGCGCAGUAUAAAGCUGCGCUCAUCCAGCAACAGCAAAUCCAAGCCAUGCGUGCCCAGGCACUUGCGCAGCAGCAACAGCAGCAAGGUCAGUCGUCGGCGCAACCGCAGCAACAACAACCACAGCAGGCGGCCCAAGCCGGCAACUUGCAGGCUCUCCAAGCUCUUGUGCAGAACAAUCCGCAGGGUCUGGCAGCGCUUUUCCAGGCUGCUCGUGAAGGCAAAAUCAGCCCGGAGCAGCUCGCUCAGCUCAAAGCCUUCAUUGGUGCGCACCAACAGGCGCAACAGCAGCAAGGAAGGCCGCCUCAGCAGCAACCCAACCAACCGCAGCAGCCGCAGCAGCAUCAGCAGGCCCCACAACAGCAGGCACCAAUGAACGCGCAGCUCGCGCAACAGAUGCGACCGCCACAGCCAGGACAACAGCAGCAACCUGGACAGGCCAACAUGCAGCAGGCCCAAAUGACCGCCGCACUGCAGCAGCAGCUUCAGCAGCAGCAGCAGCGCAACGCGCAGAACGCACAGCCGCAGCAGCCGAACCCGGCGCUUGCGCGACCGCCUCAGGGAGCUGGAGCGCCGGGGCAGCCGGGACAGCAGCAGGUCCCUCAGAACGAGCAGGCGCUGCUGGAGCAGUUCAACCGCAUCGCGCAGCCGCUGCGCAUGAAGGUGCAGGCGCUCGAGAGCGCGCUCAACAAUCCGAACCUCAGGCCCGAGGAGCGUCAGCAGUGCCAGAAUGCGCUGCAGGAGACACGCAACCAGCAAGCAGCGCUUGCCAAGCAGAUCCAGAUCGUGCGCGAGAGCUUCCGCCAGCAACAGUCGCAGGCCCAGGCGCAGCAGGCUGCGGCGGCAGCAGCGGCGGGCGGCAAGCCGCCUACUCCUGUGCAGCAGGCUGCUCAAGCACAGGCGGCCGGUGUGAGCGCGGCUACGCCGCAGAGUGCUAGUCCCGCGCCUGCGCCUGCGCCGGCGUCGGCCGCGACGCCUGCUACGCCGGUACCGGCUGCAGCGGCAGCGCCCAAGGUAGGCGCCAACAGCGCGGCCAAGGCGACGCCCAAGCCACCAGCCAAGAGCAAGGCCGCGCUGAAGAAGGAGAAGGAGGCCAAGGAGAAGGAGGAGAAGGAGAAGGCGGCCAAGGAAGCAGCGGCCAAGGAGGCUAAGGGCAAAGGUGCGGCGGCCAAGGGUAAGGCUGCGGCUUCUCCCGCGCCAGCAGCCGGUGUGGGCGCUGCCAAUGGAGCUGCCAAGCCGUCGCCUGCUGCCGCUGGCGGCACUCCUGGAGCGUCUGGAGCUGCGGCUGGAUCGACGCCAGCCACUCCCUCGGCCGGUGCAGCAGGUGGUAGGCCUGGUGUGCCCGUGCCUGGUCCGGGUCCAGCGGGUGUGACAGCCACAACGCCGACUGCAGCCACGCUGGGUGGCACACCCGUAACCGCCAUGUCUGCGGCUGCAGCAUCGUACGCAAACGUUGCCAUUCCGCCCGUCCUCAACGUGUCGACGAGCAGCGCGCCCGAGCCGUAUCCAAACCCCUCCGGCCCGCGCGCGAGUAUGACGCAAGGGCUGGGUGUUGCGCCCGUGAUCGGCACACCCGCAAUCCUGACGCGUCCCAAUCCCACUGGACCGGGCGCUUCCGAUGAUACCGCGCUCGACGACUUGCUCGGUCUUCCCACGCGUCUACCGCUUGCUACUGCCGACGAGCUACUCGGCCUACCUGCAGGCGACGAUCCUUCCGCCGACGUUGCCUCUGCAGCAGUCGCAACAGCCUCUGCCGUCCUCUCCUCCUCCGCACCUGCGGCGAGUGCGGUCCAAAAUUCAAACGGCAUCUUGACAAAGCGAAAGAUCGCCGACCUCAUCGCAGAGCUCGACAGCACAGAGAAACUCGAUGGCGCAGUAGAGGAUCUGCUGCUCGAACUCGCGGAUGAGUUCAUCGACUCGGUCACUGCCAUGGCUUGCAGACUCGCAAAACACCGCAGAGCCGAUAAACUCGAGGUCAGAGACGUUCAGCUCCACCUCGAGAGGAAUUGGAACCUGCGCGUACCGUUCCCCGGCGCAGUCCCCAUCCCGCCCCCACGCACCAAGGUCGCCCCCGCGACAACGUCCGCCACUGCACCAAAGUGA